UCAACCCAUUGCCAUUCAAAAGAAAGCAAUUGACUUACUGUCUCCACAAUUUGUUCUGAACAUAUCUCUCACCACAUCAUCUCAUUGACAGACUCUAGAUCUCAAUUUACACUCCUGCUAACCGCGGUCUAUACUCCCAAACAACGCCGCUAUUCCAACAUCAACCAAACACCAGAACCACAACCGAACCACACCCAAGCAGGAAACCCAGGUAACAAGACCACCAGCAUGUCCCUCCAGACGCCUCUCUGCACGAUCCUCAACAUCCAACACCCCAUCCUCCUAGCCGGCAUGGCGCGGGCCUCCAGCGCGGCGCUAGCCGCAGCGGUCUCCAACGCAGGUGGGCUCGGCACGGUGGGCGGGCUAGGCUACACGCCGGAGCAGCUGUCAGAGAUCCUAACGGAGCUGAAAACGCAGCUGCGCGACCCAUCGCUUCCGUUCGGCGUGGACCUGGCACUGCCACAGGUCGGGGGCGGGGCGCGGGCGACGAACCACGACUACACGCACGGGCAGCUGGACCAGCUAAUCGACGUGGUGAUUGGGCAGGGGGCGAAGUUGUUCGUGUCCGCGGUCGGGGUGCCGCCGGCGCACGUCAUUGCGCGGCUGCACGAGGCGGGCAUCCUGGUCAUGAACAUGGUGGGGGCGCCGAAGCACGCGGAGAAGGCGCUGAAGUUGGGGGUGGACAUAGUCUGCGCGCAGGGCGGCGAGGGCGGCGGCCAUACGGGCGACAUUCCGUUCUCGGUGCUCAUUCCAGCGGUUGUGGACGUGGCGCAGCGGUACCGCAGUCCGCUGACGGGCCAGCCGGCGCUGGUGGUCGCGGCGGGCGGUGUGAACGACGGCCGCAGCCUGGCGGCGGCGUUGAUGCUGGGCGCCGCGGGCGUCUGGGUCGGUACGCGCUUUGUCGCCUCCGACGAGAGCGGUGCCAGUCGGCUGCACAAGGAGGCCGUCGUCGCGGCCAAAUUCGGUGAUACCAUGCGCACCCUCGUCGUCUCGGGUCGGCCGCUGCGCGUCCUGCCCAAUGACUAUGUGAUGGAGUGGGAGCGGCGGCCGGAAGAGAUCGCUCGGUUGACGGCCCAGGGAAUUGUCCCAAUGGAGUAUGAUCUCAAGAAUGAUAAAGAGGUCGACCUACCGUUCUUGAUGGGGGACGUGUCCGCGAGUGUGGCGAGUAUCAAGCCAGCCGGUGAGAUUGUACGGGAAAUGGUACAGCAAGCUGUUGAGAUGCUGAAGAAAGGGGGCUCAUAUAUACAAGGCCCAGUCAGUAAACUAUGA